AUGUCUGCAGCGCCAGCCGCGCAGGCACCCAAGCGCGAGCCGUGGUACCGACAGACAUGGCUGGCUGUCUUGGCUGCAGCUAAGCGCCUGUCUUUUAGUGUGUCACCGCGCGACAAUUUUAAAAAAUUGGCAGCGUACAAAAUGUCGAAGCAGGACGGCUUCAAAUAUGGCUUUAUGCUCCCCAUCGCUGUGUUUUCGAUGGUGAUCAUGGCCGAACCCUCGUUUCCGUACAAGCUCAUUAUCCCACUUUUGUACAUUUUGGUGCUCUGCAUUCCCCUCACCUCGCAACUCUUUCUCCCUGCCGCACCCAUUCUUUUGUGGCUGCUCCUUUUCUACUCCUGUCGUUUUAUUGAAGUGUCCGCUCGCCCGCAUAUCUGGGUGUCUGUGCUUCCAACUCUUGAGACGAUCUGGUAUGGCGCGAACAUCAGUGAUAUUCUCACGCGAUUCGGCCAUCCGCUGCUCGACAUUCUUGCCUGGAUUCCAUAUGGUGUCGUGCAUUUCAUGGCACCCUUCAUUGUUGCUGCGUUCUUGUUUGUUUUUGCGCCUGAAGGCAGUGUCAAAGUGUUUUCAAACGCGUUUGGAUUCAUGAAUCUCGUCGGUGUCAUCAUUCAGAUUGCUUUCCCUUGCGCGCCUCCGUGGUACGAGCUACGCGAGGGACUCACACCCGCCAACUAUUCCAUGCGCGGAUCCCCCGCUGGUCUCGCACGCAUUGAUGCUAUUUUUGGUGGCUUCGGGUACACGAUGGCAUUCAGCGGCGCUCCUGUGGUGUUUGGCGCUUUUCCCUCCUUGCAUGCGGCCACAGCUACGUGCGAAGCCCUCUUUUUGAGUUAUUUCUUCCCCAUAAAAAUCAAGAUCGGCUCGCUACGGUUUGACGCACGUGCGCUGUAUUGGACGUACUGCUUUUGGCUCUACUGGUCGACCAUGUACCUGAUGCAUCACUACCUCAUCGACCUUGUAGCCGGUGGAUGUCUUGCAACAUUCUCAUUCUAUUUCUUCCGCACUGAAGAGGUGCGGAAUGCCAUGGAGCGUCGCGAGGCUAUGAUGGAACAGGCUGAGCGCGCUGAGCGAGGCGAGCCUGAGGAUGAUGGGUUCAAGCUCGAAGAUAUGCCUUCUGCAUCGACGACGACAACUAACGAUCCCUUGUUCACGAUAGACGAAGGCGAUGUCGAGCGAGCACUCACGGAUACCGACCCACGGCCCGCGCUCGAAUCUCAGAACAGCAACAUGGCACGCCCCGCCGUAGCGGCCUCCGCUUCUCUUAGAUGA